GCCUGAGAGUGCUGGUUGCAUUACAGUGCGAGUGGUGUUUCACUUCGGACGGGUUGUGUCGGUUUUCUCUGCUGUCAGACUUUUCUCGACAACGAUGGAUAAGGUGGAAACUCAGGCUCGGAGGAUGGUUCUUGCCAACAAUGGCCAUCAUGGAGACUCAGACGACGACGAACGGGAGCGUGAGAACGUGAUCCACAUCGGCCAUUGCUAUCAGGCGACGUGCCCAGAACUGAUAUCAUCGACGGAACCUUGUCCUGCUGCGAUGCCAGAGAAGGCUCUGCUCGUGUGGAAGCCUGAGAGCAACAUGUCUGACAAUAGUCUCGAAGAUUAUAUCUGUUUAGCCAAGGAGAAGUAUGGCUACAACGGAGAGCAAGCCUUAGGCAUGCUGUUCUGGCACGCGUAUGACAUCGACAAAGCUAUCCACGAUUUGCCUAAUUUCACUCCUUUGCCAGACGAGUGGACGGUUGAGGAUAAAGUACUAUUCGAACAAGCUUAUCAGUUUCACGGGAAGAAUUUCGCCAAAAUUCGGCAGAUGCUUCCCGACAAAUCGAUUCCUUCUCUUGUAAAAUAUUACUAUUCCUGGAAGAAGACCAAAAACAGGGUUUCGCUCAUGGACAGACAAGCUAGACGGUUGAGACACGACGAGCAGCCGGAAGAUGGAGAAAGCGGAAACGCCACCGAGAACGAGUCGGAUGUGGACGAGAAAGACAUCUGCAGCAACUGCAAUCAGAACGCUCCGCACGGUCUCCACAACUCCCCGAAGGGCAGUCUCUGCUCAAACUGUAAUCAGCAUUGGAAGAAAACCGGGAUGCUGCCAAAGUCGGGUGGGCUCUCGAAGCACAUUGUCGGACUCGGUGGAGGGAACGGUGUUACCGGGGCCGAUCUGAAGAAGCAAAAGAAGCCCCCGAAAGGAAUGUACCUGAACUAUCAGGACUUGAUGAGCAUUGCGUCUGGCCCCACGGGACAGGGGGAUGCCAUCCUCAAGGGCCUCGAUUCUGAGCUCUGCUCAUUGAAACGUCAGGUUCAAUUGAACAAAGCUGACAUUUCGAAGCUCAAAGACGAAACUGCCAAGGGUAUCGAUCAUUUGCGACCUCCAGAGACUAAUGGUAAGACAAAUCCUCGAUGGACCAACGACGAAAUGCUCUUGGCCGUUCAAGGCAUUCGCAAGUACGGAGUGGACUUCAAAGCGAUCGCUGAGGUCAUUGGCAACAAAACCGAAACGCACGUCAAGAGCUUCUACGCGAACCAGAGAGACCGUUAUAAGCUCGACAACGUGCUCUCCGAGUGGGAAGCAGAAAACGGGAUCUCACCUCGAACCAAUGAGAAACCGGAGAGCGAGCGUGACGUGCCCAAAGUAGAGACGACAUCGCGCAGUGCUUCGCCGGGAAUCAAAGCCGCGAAUUCGCCGGGAUCACCUUCGCCAGCGAAGAUCAGUAAACUUACUUGAAGACUUCGCGCUGUCCAUGAUAGUCUCGGCAGGUUCGGUCCGUUUCAAAUGACAAUGAAGCGUCUGCAUUCUUAUUUUGAGGAGGUUCGGGAAGAACCGUCGACCAAAAACGUCGUUGAUGCAGAACCUUGUCUCUAUUACGUCAACGACAUGAACACAUUUUGAGCACCGUCAUUCCUAAUCUAAUAUUCAAGCAUGUUAGCGGAGAAGUAUCUGUUCUCGAGGUUUCGGAUCUACCGAAAAUAAUUUGUUAGAGAGCGGGCCAUAGAAGUCGUCAUGAUGUUGAAGGUUGUUGGGAGCAUUGUUGGGAUUGGGCUCAUACGAUCGCAACGAAACAUUAAGCAGCGGAUGAACCAGAGAUGAUGGGGGACCGUCUCAAUAAAGCUACAUUUAUUAUAA